AUGCCUCCAUUGUCUCACGAUUCAGAAUCAGCAGCCAUGAUCAUUCGAAAAUGGCACAAAUCUAAGGAUACGGUCACCUUGUCAUUCACUGUUGCAUCAGUAGCUGGUAAGCCUCCGCUCGUUGGUUUUUCGGAAGAAGUGGAGAAGACUUGGAAAGGUCUCGUCGGCAAGCAUAAUCUUAAGCAACGUCCCUCCAGUCAGCUGUCUAAGAUUGCUUCCGUUGAUAAAGCUGAUGGGCAGAAGGAAAAAUCAAAAUCAAAGGAUGGUGUAGUGAAGUCUAACACUGGCAAGUAUUCUUUGUUCUUUGUUUUUUGA